UACUUCUUUGGCUGAUUUUCAACACAAAGAACCAAAAGGCAUUUUUCCCAAGGGAGCACUUAUUUUACAUUUUACUAAGAAGUCAGCUAACAUUUUCAACAUUCCCCUCUGUUCUUUGUUUUUAAAGAAAGUUCUGGUUUUGUUUCACUUUCAGCGGGAGACUUAAAUGACACCAAGGAAAGCCUACUUAGUUUAGAUUUCCAGAAGUUUGUUGGUGAAAAAAAAAAUCAAACAUGAAACAUGGAGUUUUGUUUUGUCUCAUUCUGCUUAUCAUUUUUCAAACCAAUUGUGAAGAAAGCGAACAAACUCUUAGACGGCAAAGGAGGAGGAUGCAUCAGAGACGACUCAGGAAAAGUUCUCCCUUCCACCACAGAGUGAACAGGCAGCCUAAGCUUCAGCAAAGCACUGCCACAGCAGCAGCUAGCUUAGCCACUGCCAACUCCGAUUACAAUGUGGAGGAAAGCUUAGACUCCCUUCUAAGCCAUCUUGGAGUAGAAUCAAGUUACAGUGUGUUACCAGGAAAGAAAGGACACUGCUCUGUAAAGGGCAUGAUCAUGUACAACAAAGCCGUGUGGUCUCCUGAGCCCUGUACCACCUGCCUCUGCUCAAAUGGAAGAGUGUUCUGCGAUGAAACUGUGUGCCACCCUAAGGCGUGCCCUUAUACCGUGAAACCGGAAGGAGAAUGUUGCCCUAUCUGCUCUGAUGCUGCCUCCUAUUCUCUACUCAAUGAUAAAACACUACAUGAUAAAAAUGAAUUUUCUGGUGAUUCUUCAGAACAAAGAGAACCCAUUAAUGAACUUCACAAGCAAGUGCUACCUUCUCAGAUGGAAAUGGACCAAGUAGUCAUAAAAAAAGCACUUCAAUCUGAGGAUGAUGAAGAAGUAGGUAAAGAACACAGGGAACACAAGAAAGAGACCUCUGAGCCUACUAAGCUUCGCAGUGAUGGAGAAAGAAUGGAGGGAAAGCUGAGGCCUGAGGAGGAAAGGAGGCCAGCACAUCAGCCACUCUAUCAUGGAAGAGGGGAGGAAGAGGCCAGCGAGGAGGAGACUGAGAGUGAAGGAUCAGAGGAAGAGGAGGACAAGGAAGAUGCCAUAAGAGGAGACGUGUUCCGAAUGCCCUCCCGGCUCAUGCCUGGUAUUCCAAGAGGCAGGCCACGCCUGCCCAAAGGCUGUUCCCUGUCCUACAGGACUAUCAGCUGCAUUCACGCAGCCUUCACUCAGAUCCCACCAAUAACAGCACCACAAGUAACAAGCCUGGAGCUGGUUGGGAAUUCAAUCAUCUCCAUUCCUGAUGAAGCAUUUAAUGGAUUACCAAAUUUGGAAAGACUUGAUCUGAGCAGAAAUAAUAUCACGUCUUCGGGCAUAGGUCCAAAAGCAUUCAAGUUUUUGAAGAAGUUAAUGCGUCUGAACAUGGAUGGAAAUAAUUUGGUACAUAUUCCUUCAGAAUUACCAUCUACACUGGAAGAACUCAAAAUAAACGACAACAAUCUCCAGGUUAUCAGUGAAAAAAGUCUAUCAGACUUAAAUCAACUUGUCACCUUAGAAUUGGAAGGAAAUAAUCUCAGUGAAAUCAAUGUUGAUCCUUUAGCUUUCAAAUCUUUGAAGAGCCUAUCAUACCUACGUCUGGGAAAAAACAAAUUUAGAAUCAUACCACAAGGUCUUCCUGCUUCUAUUGAGGAGUUAUACUUAGAAAAUAAUCAAAUUGAAGAGAUAACUGAAAUUUGUUUCAAUCACACCAGAAAGAUCACUAUGAUCGUACUACGUUAUAAUAAAAUAGAAGAAAGUCGGAUUGCUCCUUUAGCAUGGAUAAAUCAAGAAAAUCUUGAAUCUAUUGACCUCUCCUAUAACAAGCUUUACCAUGUCCCCUCCUAUCUACCCAAGUCGCUGCUGCACCUUGUACUAAUUGGGAACCAAAUUGAACGGAUUCCUGGCUAUGUGUUUGGCCAUAUGGAACCAGGCCUGGAGUACUUGUACCUGUCAUUUAAUAGACUUUCUGAUGAUGGUGUGGACCUAGUCUCAUUCUAUGGGGCCUAUCAUUCCCUGAGAGAAUUGUUUCUGGAUCAUAAUGACUUAAAAUCCAUACCACCUGGAAUAGGAGAAAUGAGAGCACUGCAUUUUCUGAGACUGAACAACAACAAGAUUCGGAAUAUUCUUCCUGAACAAAUCUGCAAUGUUGAAGAGGAUGAGGACUUAGCUCUAGAACAUCUUCAUCUUGAAAACAAUUAUAUUAGAAUUAGAGAAAUAUCAUCCUAUGCAUUUUCAUGCAUAAGACUGUAUUCAAGUAUUGUUCUUAAACCACAAAACAUCAAGUAGUUUUGAGUUUUCUUUUGCUACCUAUAAAUUUUACCCAUGCAUUAAAGAAAAUUGCAUCUCUUUAUUGUGUGUGUGUGUAUGUUUGGACACAUGAGUGCAAUGCUCUCAGGAGCCAGAAGAAGGUGUUGGAUGCCCUGGAGAUACAGUGACAAAUGAUUCUGAGCCAACUGAUCUGUGUGUUGU